CACGUACCUCAAAACGCGCUCUACGCUAAAACAUCAUCAUCAUCACUAUCAUUUAGGUGUGUCUUAACUUCCAAUAAUUCCAUUGUUGCCAUUUUCAUUUUGAAACAAAGAAAAAGAAAAGCCAUAGAUAGGCUACAAUGGCCGCAGAAACACCUCCUUCUUCGUCGUCAUCAUCUUCUUCUUCUGUAUGUAAACACAAUAACAAUAAUAACAAGGUUCAGCAUGGCUUGAUUAGUGAGUCGGAAAUGGAAGCGGCGAAGCAGCUAAUGCAACUGAGCGACGAAGAAAAGAGCAACAACAACAAUGCGAAUAAUAUAAGGAAGAGCGAGAUGAGGAAAAAGAAGAGAAGAAGGUUGUUGGUAGAAGAAGGAGAAGAAGAAGAAGAAGAAGAGGUUGAUCAAAGUCGAAAGAAUGAUAUUAUAAUGGCUAAGAUACAAGAGAUUUUCGGGAAGGAGAUUAUUGUUCCAGCUGCAGAAGCAAAGAAGCAGAGAAGAAGAUAUCGUUCUCUUGCGAAUAUAUAUAUGGCCACAGCCCCCCAUUGUAACUUUCAGCAAACCAUGAAUGUUAAGAAGAGCCCUAAUUAGGCCAUACAAUAUGUGUUUUUUUCUUAUUGCUAACACUUUUCUAUUCUAUCUUCUGUCUUCACCUA